CACAGAACUGUUAAAGGCGGACUACAAUGCAACAUGAAUCAACUAUUAUGACGAUCCAGGCUCCACAGUGUGUGUGUUUUGAAGCAGCCUGACGUAACGCGGCGGCGGGGCUGUCUCUCUCCCACUCUGCCCGCCUGCCUGCAUUCAUAAACGGAUAUGAUAAAGCGGCGCUGAACAUACCGGAGCGGCGGCGGCGACGACAAUGGCGGAAGAGGACGACGCGAGGAUUCGGAUUCUACAGAGCCUGCGUGGGAAGAUAUGUGAAGCUAAAAACCUGGGUCCGGUCUCCGGUCCAAACCGAAAUAGGGAUCUCUGCACCUUUUGCACCAUCAGUUUGGAUCAGGAGGAGGUGUUUCGAACUAAGAUGUUUGACAAAAGUGUCAGCCCCUUCUAUGGUGAGGACUUUUACUUUGAGAUUCCUCGGCCUUUUCAGUGUUUAUCGUUUUACAUUUAUGCCAAGAGUGUUUUCCAAAGAGAUUUACCAGUUGGGAAAGUGUCAAUCAGAAAGGACGACCUGUGUGAAUAUAAAGGGAAGGAACACUGGUUUAGUCUUCAGCCAGUAGACCCUAACUCCGAGGUCCAGGGUAAGGUUCAUCUGGAGAUGAGGCUCAACGAAGUGAUCACAGAGAACGGCUCAGUGGGUCAACACUUACUUGUGAGGAUAAUAGAGUGCCAGGGAUUGCCUCUUAUCAGUGGGCAGAUCUGUGACCCAUAUGCCACAGUUUCGCUCGAAGGACCUGCUAGGUCUGACCAAAAGAAAACGAAAGUCAAGAAGAAAACCAGCAACCCUCUUUUUGAAGAAACCUUCUUCUUUGAGGUUACACGAUCCAGCAGCUACUCCAAAAAGUCACAUUUCCAAGUGGAGGAAGAGGACAUUGAAAAACUCGAGAUCAAAGUUGAUUUGUGGAAUAAUGAGAAUCUGGCUCAGGAUGUGUUCCUGGGGGAAACGCGGGUUCAUGUCAAGAUCUUGAGAAAUAAUCACAUCCACAAAGCCUGGUAUCUGCUCCAACCUAAAGGGAAUGGCAGCAAGUCAAAGUCUGAUGACUUGGGAUCCUUGCGUUUAAAGCUGGCCUACAUAGAAGACACGGUGCUGCCACCUGCCUGCUACACACCACUCUGCAACCUCUUGCUCAAAUCUCCUGACGUGAAGCCCAUCUCGGCGUCAGCAGCACACAUCCUGGGGGACAUCUGCAGAGAGCGAUACGAGGCCGUUCUGCCCACAGUUCGACUUCUCCUGCACCACAAUCGUUUUGUGCCUUUCGUGUUGGCUGUGGCAGCGUUGGAGUUGGACAACACUCAGGAGGCUAACACUAUUUUCCGUGGCAACUCACUGGCAACGCGCUGCCUUGAUGACAUGAUGAAGAUUGUGGGGAAGAAUUAUCUUGCUGUUACUCUGAAGCCUGUGAUUGAUGAGAUUUGUGAAUCGAAUAAAACGUGUGAGAUUGAUCCCAAUAAACUAAAAGAAGGGGACAAUGUGGAGGUUAACAAGGAGAAUCUACAGGUUUAUGUCCAGAAAGUCUUCUCCUCUAUCACACAAUCCGGUGCCAACUGCCCUCCCCUCAUGUGUGCUGUCUUCAGGUCAUUAAGACACCUUGCCUGCAAACGUUUUCCAGCUGAUCCUCAUGUCCAAUACUCCGCAGUAAGCAGCUUUGUGUUCCUGCGCUUCUUUGCUGUUGCUUCUCUUUACCCACACUCCUUCCAGCUGCGCUCCCAUCAUCCUGACCCUGAGAUUUCCCGCACACUCACUCUCAUCUCAAAAACCAUCCAGACUCUGGGCAGCUGGGGCAGUUUGUCCAAAAAACUGUCUAGUUUCAAAGAAUCAUACAUGUAUGACUUCUUCAAAUCAUUCCAAGAAGAUAAGUGCAUUGAAAAGGUUAAAAAGUUUCUUGAUGAAAUAUCUUCAAACAUCUCUAAAGAGUCGAGGGGACUGGAGGACGCAGUGGUUCUGAAGGAAGGGGAAGUACAGAAACGGGCUCAGGGGAGAAAACGGCUAGGCAAGAAAAACUUUAAAAAGCGAUGGCUUCGAGUGACCAACAGAGAGCUCUCCUAUCACAAACAUAAAGGAAAAGAGCCCCUCUGUAUCAUUAAUGUGAAAAACAUCCAGGCAGUGGAGAAACUGGAUGAAAGUGCCUUUAACCGUAAAAACAUGUUCCAGGUGGUCCACAAUGAGAAACAGCUGUAUGUGCAGACAGGAAACUGUGUGGAAGCCUGUGAGUGGCUGGAUGUCCUGGGCCAAGUCAGUCGCUGUAAUGAGUGUCGCCUGGCCACUUUUCAUCCAUCCAACUACAGUGCUGGAUCCUGGCAAUGCUGCAAUAGCCAAACGAGCAGUGCGCCUGGUUGUAAACCCUGCACCAUCACCAUGCAGGCCAACCUGCAACUGGACAUCGACUGCGACCGGGAAACGGAGAGGAUUUUCUCCCUCCUUUCUGCAAACGAUGCCAAGCUUCAGAACAUGGAAGACGCGUGUGCCAGCCUGGCGGUGUACCAAGGCCCCCAGCGGGAGCAGGAGGAAUACUCCAAGUUCGUAAUCCAGGAACCCAAAGAGACUUUUCAGACUCUCAAACAGCUCCGAAACGUCAUGGUGGAACUUCAGCGGCAGCACGAGGUCAGAGGCGACAUCACGGCGCAGUACGGCAGCCUAGACAACCCAAUAGUGGGAAAAACCUCCUAACCGGGCCCAGGCCAGUUGGUGAGAGAAGACCCCAGAGACACAGGUGGAUGAGUCCGAGACGAAACCCGCCUUGUUUCCCCUACCCCGACGAGAAGACGCUAACUCUCAGUCAGCAUGGAAGUUUUGAGAACCUAACAAGGAGCGACAUCGUCACACACCCGAGUCCUGUCGAUCCUUUAAUAACGAGCCCCCCUCCUCGUCAUUCAUGUCCACAUAUGUGUGAGUAGGCUGCUAUUUUUUUUUAUUUUAUUCACCCUGUUUUUAGGUUUAUAGAGGAUCUUGAAGUGGGGCCGCCCUGAACACUAUUGAUGUUUUUGCAUCUCUCCCCCCCCCCGCCCCCUUGAACACACGUUUCUAUUUAAGAAGCCAAUCUGCCUUUCUUUGGAUCUUCUUUCACAUGAAAACGCUGAGGGAAUAAAUCAUGCAGAAGCACUUUAAUAUUUCUCUAAAUGAGAAACCGAUUACUAGAUACUUGGUAUCCGCUUUCCCCAUUUCGAUCAGUUACAUGAUCCUGGUUUUGUCUUGUCCCCCCCCUAUACAUUUGUUGUUUUGAAGAUAUUUUCCUGACCAAAGACAAUUUCAUAGCUUUUGACUUGAAAAGCAAACUAAUGUAUUUUGAAUACGACUAUUUUAAAAGUGAAAACAAAUCUAUAUAUUUGUUGAACGCAUAUGUUUUUUCUAACAUAUCUUUUUUCAUGACUUGAGGCGGGCACACAGCGGGGAUGCGAGUUCAAAACAUGUUAUUUGGCAAAGCUUUAUGAAGGAAAUCCAGACUCUUGAUAAAGGAAAUGCAGACAAUCCCAGGAAUGAACGCAUGCCAGUAAAGACAAGAACAGAACAGACAAACGUCUUUAAAGGGAAGCAAAUCCUAAUAUGUUUAAAAAGCACACUUUCUUUGCCAGUAAAUUGAGGCCAACUUGUGGUUAUAGUUCUAUUUAUAUGCCAUUUCCAAACGGAGAGUUGGUGAAAGCACCAGCCUUCCAUCAUUCCACGUGUUGAUACAUGUCUUUUUUUGUCCUCUCACUGCUUUUAAUCAACCUGUGUUGAAACUUGAACCUUUUGUUUUGUUAUUGUUGUUGCUCCAUGCAUAUUUGUAACACACUUCUUGUGUAUUCGUUUUUGUAUGUUUUCAGCUUUGAACAAGUCAGCCUUCAGCACCCGCGGAACAGCGCUCAGUGUUGCCAGAUGGGAAACGACAAAUUGUCAUACUAAAAGCAUAAAAGGAUCAUAUCUUGAAGAAGAUUAUUGUACGUACCCCAAUUGACAUUGCUCAGCACCGUCUGUUACAGUAAAAUAUUAAAAACAUUACCACAGACCGUUACAAACGGCCCUAAAUGAAAAUGAGUUUGACACCCCUGCUCCGUACGAUAUUGUUAGCAAAAACAAAACAGGUUACAUCUUGCACUGCGGCUCAAUUUGAAUCUUCUGGGACAAUUUCCCAUCUGGCAACACCGGCUGUGAUCCAGAGCAUGGGCUGCAGGGAGCAGUAACAUUUGCAUGCGGGAUUGGAGUGAUAAGACGCAUGUUGAUGCUUCGAAAAGUCUAUUGGGGUUUUCUGACAGUGUUGCCAGGUGUACGAUUGUAGGGUCGAUAAUUCCCAAAGUUUGAUAAUUUAGGAUCAUUUCAGCCCUUCUAUACGUGGCUGUGAGCAAACACAAACAGGAUCCAUCCUGCGCUGCACCUGAUUUUCAGGGUUUCCAGAUUGGAAAGUACAUACGUAGCAGAAGCGUAAAAUUGUCCUAUUUUGAGGACAUUUAUCAUACGUACGUACGUACUAUUCAU